CUGUGCGUUGUUUGUACGCUGGUGGCUAAAAGUCAGCUAACGUGUUAGAGUUGGUGGCGUUGGGCAUUUUUAAGUAUCGGGUUUUUACGUUGUUGGUUAACUAUUUAAACGGUGUUAACCCACUGAAAGAAACACCCUCUAAUAGCUUAAUUUUCGUCGCUAUUUGUAGUAGAAGAUUAUUUAGCCAUCUGGCUAGGAGGCUAACAGGGACCACAAUGGAGGGCAGCGCCAGCGUGAGGAAAGCACUGUCCGGGACUCUCGUCCCUUUGGCGGUCUCAACAGUGGCUCUUCAACAGCAACCAGAGGAUGAGGAGAAGGGAACGCUGAAGAGAAACGUCCUGGAUGAGGAGGAAUACAUUGAGAGCUUAGAGAAAAUUAUCCAGAGGGACUUUUUCCCAGAUGUGACAAAGCUGCAGGCACAGAAGGAAUAUCUUGAAGCAGAGGAAAAUGGAGACCUGGAGAGGAUGAGAGAAAUUUCCAUCCGAUACGGAUCUUCGUUGACAAAAUCUACACCGCAGUCUUCUGCACCAUAUGUGACGCCUGCUAGCUUUGAAACACCAGUGGGCCAGUUGGGAUCCCCUGCUUCCACUUAUUCUGCUAAAGCUGUAGAUGGAGAGAAGAGGGCUGACGACACAGAAGAACAAAAUCUGCCCAGCCUGGACCGCUUCCUCGCUAAGAAUACCAGUGAGGAUAAUGCAUCCUUUGAACAGAUAAUGGAUCUGGCAAAAGACAAGGAGAAACUGAAGCAUGCCUGGUUGUAUGAGGCUGAAGCUGAAUUCAAACAGCGUCAUGAGCAGAACCUUGCCUUACCAUCAGUAGAGAAGGCAGCACUCGAAUGCACCAAAGCUGGACUGGAGACCUGGGAGUACAAAGCCAAGAAUGCCUUGAUGUAUUAUCCAGAGGGUGUUAAAGAUGAUGAUGCCAUCUUCAAGAAACCAAGGGAGGUGGUUCACAAGAACACUCGCUUUGUUGGAGACCCAUUCAGCAAAGCUCUCAACAAGAGCCAGAUUCAGCAGGCAGCAGCUCUCAAUGCACAGUUCAAACAGGGUAAAGUAGGUCCUGAUGGGAAAGAGCUUAUCCCACAUGAAUCCCCAUCAAUGAAUGGAUAUGGUUACGUAAAAACUCCUUCACCUGCACCUGGUGUAGCUGAGUCACCUCUGAUGACCUGGGGUGAGAUCGAGAGCACACCAUUUCGUCUGGAUGGAUCAGACACCCCGUAUGUUGAGAGGAAUCAUGGACCUUCUUUUAAGAUCCCAGAACCAGGGAGACGAGAAAGGCUUGGUUUAAAGAUGGCCAACGAGGCUGCCGCUAAGAACCGUGCAAAGAAACAGGAAGCGUUACGAAAAGUCACAGAGAACCUUGCAGCCUGA